AUGACGUCGGCUUACCGCAACGCCCUUGCCGGCCGGGCGGUUCCGAUCAACCUCAGGCUCCGCCCUCUGACGUCACGAGGCGAGACUGCGCAGCCGCAGGGUGGCCGCGUAUCCACUAUGAACCCGUUGUUGGGCCCCAACCUCUUGCUGGUGGCUGCGGCGGCGGCCGAGGUCGAGGACGCGGGCCUGGGCCUGGGGCUGCCGCCGGGACCCUACCCGGCCACCAUGGCGCUCCGCGACGACCUGGGCUCCAACAUCAGCCUGCUGAAGGCGCUGAACCUGCGCUUCCGCUGCUUCCUGGCGCGGGUGCACGAACUGGAGCGGCGCAACCGGCAGCUGGAGCAGCGGCUGGAGAAGGGGUCGAGCCCGGGCUCGGGCUCGGGCUCCGGCUCCGGCUCCACCACCCGGGACCGGGCCGUGCAGGUCGGCGGCCCUCUCGGCAUCGGCCUCGGGCUGGGCCUGCCCUACGCGCUGGCCCUCGGACCCGCCAGUGGCAUCGGGAGCCGGCCGCUCAGCCCCGGGUCCGAGCUGCCGCCGGCCGGCGGGGGUGGUAGCGGCGGUGCCGCCUCGGGUCUCCCCGGCGCGGCCGUGCAGGUAGACACCAUCAGCCCCGAGCUCCGCGCUCUCUACAACGUGCUGGGCAAGGUGCGCCGAGAGCGGGACGAGCUGCGGCACAGAUGGGAGCAGGAGUACCGACUGCGAGUGGAGCUGCAGGACAGGGUGGCCCUGCUGGAGGAGGAGUCCCAGGAGGCCGAGGCUGUUCAGGAGGAGCUGGUGAUGAAGGUUCAGCAGCUGAAGGCGGAGCUGGUGGUGUUCAAGGGGCUGAUGAGCAAUGACCUGAGCGAGCUGGACACCAAGAUCCAGGAGAAGGCCAUGAAAGUGGACAUGGACAUCUGCCGGCGCAUUGACAUCACCGCCAAGCUGUGCGACGUCGCGCAGCAGCGGAACUGCGAGGACAUGAUCAGGAUGUUCCAGGUCUCCCCGUCUGGGCGUAAGAAGGAGCCAAAGACGGCCUGCGGCGAGGAGGGCCCGCUGCUGGAGAGCGAGGUGUCCAGGAAGCUACUGGGAGGGGAGGAGGAGGAGGACAAGGAGGACGAGACCUCCUCCGCCAUCAGCGAGGAGAUGCGGCGAAUGCUGAACCAGCUGAGGGAAUACGACUUGGACGAUGAGUGCGACAGCCUGACCUGGGAGGAGACGGCAGAGACCCUGCUCCUCUGGGACGACCUGUCCGGGUGCAGGGUGUCCCCUGGUGACACUGUCAACGAGAAGGACGAGACGCUGGAGAAGGUGAUCAAGGACACGGAGUGUCUCUUCAAGAGCCGAGAGCGCGAGUACCAGCAGACCAUCGACCAGAUUGAGCUGGAACUGGCCUCGGCCAAGAGUGACAUGAACCGGCACCUGCAUGAGUACAUGGAGAUGUGCAGCAUGAAGAGGGGCCUCGACGUGCAGAUGGAGACCUGCCGGAGGCUCAUCACCCAGACCGGGGGCCGGAACUCUUCGACACCCGUCCGUCCGUCAGCUCCCACCCCAGAGCCAGAGAGUGUCACCCCGGACCACGCCACCAGGUGAAGGAGUGGCCCUUCUCCCGCCCUCCCGUCCCACCACCACCCCGAGCCAGGCACCUGGACGUCGAAGGAAGACGGAGGUCGGUGGGGGCAGCGGAGGAAACCCCACCACCACCUCAGCGUUCGUCUGACGCCCGCGGUGGGCAGGAUCCGGGUCGGGAGGUGUGGUGGUGGGGGCAGGACUGAAGAGUUGCUCUGCUCCCCACUCCCUCCCUCCCUCCCUCCAUCCCA